UCGAUAUGGAAUCAAGCCUCGGCUUCCCAUGGCAAGUAACAUCGAAUAGGUACUCAAUCAGAAAUCACAACGAGAUCUAUGUAUUCAUUGAAUUACUGGAUAUACAUUGAUAGGAUCAAAUAAACCAUGCCUGGACCGGAGGUAACCCUAGCCGACGUUCAACGUCGUGCCGCCGAUAAUCCUAACGCACGGUACCGGGCCUUUGACACCUAUCCGUGGGCUAAAGACCCCGUGUUCACUGAACAACUUUCAAGUGCUCUGAAUAAUGCCAAAUCCAAUGGCCUAAGCCUUUCCGAGACUGCUCUUGAAACCCGCAUUCAGAGAUUCGCGCAACAAACUCAGAUUGCGAUUGACGGCGAGGCCUAUAAGAAGUGGCUUUCUCAGACUAAUUCACAACCACCAAGAAUAAUAUCCGAAGAAGCGGUUGCGGUAGAGGUGAUGACAGUGCCCAAACUCGAAGAUAGGAAGUUCGCACAUCUUCUAGUAGAGCUAGGAGACGCCCUUGGUCAACUUGCUCUUGACCAAACCGUCCCUGUUCCAGUAGAUACUUCAGUUCCUAGUUGGCAAAGUGCCGCGCCCACGGCAGAGCUCUACAUCAAGAAGGACUCUACGUCAGCAGAUCCCGGAAAAGAGCCUUAUCCCAAGAAAUUUGAGGAGAUAGUUGAAUUCUUACAGAGUGGGAAACCAAUUCCAGGAAUUAAACAGAUUCCCGAUACAGUUAUUGAGGAUCCGGCGUUUACGACUCACGGUCGGCUUACGGCGCCACCAAAACCGUGGGAAAUUGGACGAACACCUUCUACUGAGAAUUCCGAGCCGUUAGCUACUGAAAGUAGGGCGUAGAAUCGUAUCAGAUAGACGUAAUAAAGUGAAACCUUAACAACAUUCAUCCUCCGGUACGGGA